AUUGGAGAGACGUACUUCAAAAAUUGUAGCGAGCGCUUUUGCGGCUUCGAGUUCUUUUGUGCGGUUGAUGUUAUUAACGCUUUUGGGGAGCGCGCGUGAGCUGGGUCCGGCCGAACCGAAGGGAGUUCUGCAAGAACUUCUUGAAGAUGAAGAUGUUGGACUUUGUGGGCCUAGAAGAAAAGUGCAAAAACAACCUUGCAGAGCUCCUGUGCAAUGUGGACAACAGAGAUUUUGUGUGGCUGGAUGAGAUUCUUGAAGAAGCCAAAAAGAUAUUCAAGAGCAGCUUCGAUGGGGAGCCUGAGUUAAUGCCAAAAACUCCAUCACAGAAGAAUCGUAGGAAAAAGAAACGUAUUUCUACAACUAAGAAUAGUCCGUUUUCUGAAAAGAGUUACCUGUCACACUCCUCUUGUCGGAUGACCAGAUCUCAGGCUGCCAGGAUCUCAAAUGCUACAUGUAAGACAGCAACUGUUGACCUAGCCAGAGGACGAAUACCACUAGUAGAAAUUCAUAACCAUGAGAGGCUUAGUGCAGAGUUACACCUUGAAAAAACAGCAGCUCAGAAAACCAAGAAAGCUGAUUUGGCCAACAAAUUAUCAUUGGAUGGUGAGGACCAUACAGAGACAUUGCAACCUUUGUCUAAAGCUUCUUUGCUUGUAAUCCCAGACACUCCUGAGACUCAAAUAAAAAAAGAUGAAGGCCGAAGCACAUGCAAGUUGAAAAUAGCAAAUCUUGCUGUCUUCAAAACCACUGAAACGGUAAAACCCAGCCCUCAGGCAGAAGAAUUACUUGCACAACCCCAAGAUAACAGCCAGGAUUCAAAAACCAAACUUCCUUGCAACUUACAUGAGAGUUCACAAACAUGCUCUGCUAAGAAAGCAAACCGUCAGUCUGUGCGCCGAAGUCUGAUGGGUAAAACCUCUAUGAAUAAAGCUUCCCUUGCACAGAGAUGUUCGCUGUCUAGCAAAAGGGAAAGAGCAAUCCAGAAAUCGGGCAAGAGGACUAUGUCAAUGAGAAGCACUACUCGGGAGCAGUCAUCCACUGGUAGACGUGUGAGCUGCCGUGUAUCUCUGGUCAAAUUAAUGGCUGAAGAAAUUACUGUAUCUAGCCCGCAGUUGGAUUCUGCUUCCCAUUCUCAAGAGGUUGCUGAUCAGCCAUUCAGUCCUUCUCACCAAGUCUCCAGCACUGCAGCUGUUGCACAGCAACAUGAGGGGAAAAGCAAAGAGAACAGCUCUGAAAAGAAUGCUGAGGUCCAAGAUCAGCCUCAGAGUAUCAGACGAAAAGCAAGCUAUAAGAGAGCAGUGAAUGAGUUAUGUGAUGGGCAGCAUACAGAGGAUGAGUUCUCUCCUCCAAGGAAAAAGUCGCCAUCCCCUCAGUGCCCUGCUAGUAAGGUUGUCCGCCCUUUCAAGACUUUCUUGCACACUGUACAUAAGAACCAGGUUCUCAUGAUGACCCCUGGCUCUGUGAGCCAAAACAGCGCCAUAAAAUCAUUUCUCAAAUACAACACUCCUCUCCGAACCAAUCCCAAGCUGGGGUUUGUUGAAAAAGAGAGGCAGCGCUUGGAGACCUUAAAGAAGAAGCAGGAGGCCGAGGAGCAGAGAAAACAAAAAAUGGAGGAAGAGAAAAGACGACGGCUGGAAGAGAUAAAGCGGAAGCGUGAGGAGCAUAUCCGCAAGGUGCUUCAGGCUCGUGAGCGAGUAGAGCAGAGGGAAGAGGAAAAGAAAAAACUUCUUGAGCAAAAAUUUGCUCAGAAUAAUGAGAAGGUGCGAGAAGAGAGAAUGGCAGAAGAAAAAGUGAAAAAGGCUGCAGCUGCCAAGAAGGCUGAAGCACUUGAAGCCCGUAAACGGAGAGCUCUGCAGUUGGAAGAACGCAGGCAACAGGAGCUGAUGCAGAGGAUGAAGGAGGAAGAACAAGAGAAAGCCAGGCAAACUGCAGAACUGGAAAAAAAGCUGGCUGCUGAGAGAGAACUUGAGAAACAGAGAGAACAAGAAAAGCUUCGAGCGCAGCAGGAGCUUGAAAGGAAGGAGAAAAAGGAGGCUGCUCGCUUGCAAAGAGAAUUAAUGGCUGCUAAAAAGAAGGAGCAGCUUCUGAAAGAGGCAGAGGAGAAAGAGAGGAAACGGCAGGAGGAGGAGCAGAAGCAGAAAUCAACUUCUGAUGCAGUGGUUGGCCAUGAGCAACUGAAUGCAACAAUACAGAUAAAGAGCUCACCUUCCUGCAACUCAUACCCAAUGACACCACAAGGGCCCAAACAACCAAAGUUUGACGAGAAUAAUUACGGGAUGGAUCAGAAUAGUGAUGACUCCACAGAUGAUGAGAGUAAUCCCCGCAAGCCUAUCCCUGCGUGGGCUACUGGAAAUCAACUAUCCAAGGCCAUAAUUCACCAAUAUUAUAACCCUCCUGAUAUUGAUGCAUUCUUUGGGAUCAUUAGAAGUCCCAAACUGGAAGAAAUCUUCUGUAAAAGCAAGCCACGUUAUCAGAAGCGUACAAGUUCUGCAGUAUGGAAUUCACCACCAUUCCCAUAUGGAAAGUCCAUGACAGGGCAAUCAUGGGAGGGCUUAAAGAGAUGCUGAAGGUUUCUUGAGAUUGAGUGUAUUAUUUUUGUGGGAUAGUGUAUUACUUUUUAAACAUAUUAACUUCACUUUGGUGAUAAUAAACUUUUCUGCUUUAUUGGAGCGUCCUGUCUAUUUAUAUGAUGUUUGUCGAGAAACCUGCUGUACAUGGCUCCUAAUGGGGUGAAGACCUUGUUCUUGAACUGUCUGUGUUGGCAGAGAUGAAUGACUUAUGAACCUGUGAGUUGAGGGAAAUUGCAGGAAGGGGCCAGUUGCUUGGGGAUUCCACCCAUCUGCUGAAACUUCCACCUUCUAAUCAGGCAUUUGAGUAGGCUGAUCUUGCCACUCCCCCCACUCCACCCCCAAGCUGUGCUCAACUUUCUGAGUAUACUGGAGUGUGUUUGGUUCUGUCAAUACAGAUUGUUGAUGCUACAUAUUUCCUUAUGGAGCCAAUGUCUCCACAGAAUCACAAGUUGAUUAUUUAGCCAGAUGUUUGUCUUCUGUACAAAGGCUUUACAUAUUAUUUAAUACUACUUUGUACAAACUGAAUGGGUGGGAGGGGACGGACUUUAAAUAAAGCAGAAAUGUUUAUUAUCAUCAAAGUAAAGUUAAUAUGUUUAAAAAGUAAUACACUCCCACAAAAAUAAUAGUCAAUCAAUUUUAAAAGAAAAUAUUCUGUACUUUUAUACAGCCAGACAAACCUUGUUACAUCUGUCAAAACUCAUACCUUUUUGCUUUUUGUAUUACUUUUAAACAUGUUUGUUUAUGCUUGGGUUGUUUAGUCAAUGUGUUUGUGAAAAAUUUAAUAGCUAAUUGGUUAGAUAUUAAAUUUACUUUUUUGUUGUACGGCUCUAUCUGUUUCCACAUCUGCUGAAUCUUCACCUAGUAGUGUAGAUGCUCCUGAAGCAAUUCCACAAAUAGUGUAAAAUGACUUUGACAUAGUACCAAGCAAUGAUUUGGCAUUGUAUUCAGCAUGCUUGCCACGUGCAACUACAGAGGGAGGUCAUCACAAACAAGAAAGGAGAAUUGCUAUCACCAGCAUCAGUAAAGGUUUUUUCUUCGUAAGAUGAUGCAUAGAUGUGAAUAUUCAUCCUUCCAGCACAGAUCCAAACAAAAAGGUUGUAUACAGGCACAACAAUUUGAACAGAUACAGACUUCCUCAAUCAGAUCUAUAGAUGUAUUUGAAUUCUGUGGUUCUGCUGCUUCACUUCUUUUAUCCUGCUGCGUUUUUCUGCUUCUAAGUACUUCUUCAGGUGUUCAUUAUUGUAUAAGUCAAGUUCUUGCAGAGACUGGUUCAUCCUAAGCUGCACAAAGAUAUUCCCAGCAUGCAUCUGUUAGUUCACAUGAAUCCAGCCUAUGAAAGAAGUUCACAGGAAACUGUUACUCUUGUCCAGUACUCACUGUUCUGCAAAAUGAAAGCUAAUACGCUUAGUGAUUACUACUGCAGCUGUUUGUAAAAACUAAUCCCUCAGGCUGAGUAAAAACAAAGCAUAAUUCUAAUAAACACAUUACAAUAGCUUUCUCUUCUGCCUAGCACUGAAAGAAAAACCCUGACACAUCCCUCCUAAAGAAUAUUGGCAGAACGAAUGGCUACCUGCACUGAAGCCAUCCAGGGGUACAAGAGUGGAUAUAAGAGAAUGCCAAAACUUCAGUGCUGGGUUUCAAGGGCAGUUUUGCCCCCACCCACUAAAGCCACAGCUCUCCCUCUAUGUCAAUCAUAUAACCCUCCUGUCUGGAUGAAGUGUUUGAGCCUUAUCCCUCAUUCAGUUCAUUGCCUGCUUAAGCUUUCACAGCUCCCCAUGAUUCUUAUAGCUCUCAGAAUCUUUACACAAGAAAGUGAGGAAUAUUGUUCAGUAUUUUGGGUCUGAAUAUUGGAACAAUCUUGGUUUUUCAUCAGGAGGAGAGUUAUUUAUGUAAUUAGGUGAUGUCAUGUCUUUCAUAGAUGUAAGUCACCAAAUGUAGGAAGACCCUGGUUCGGUGCUUCUAUUAUCUUCUAUUUUCUUCAAAGUAAGCACCCAUAAACUCAAUAUUACCUUUUUCUGUCAUCUCCAUUGUUUCAGUUUAAUUUUUCAUUUAUAUUGUUUAAAUCCUUUUAAUAAUGAAAAUGUCCAUUCUCCUAGAAUGCCAAUCUUUAGCAUUAGCUUUUUCAGGCCUGAGAAAACAACACUAUCAAUUACCUGUCGCAAUUACCAGGCAGCUGUCGCAUGAUAUACAUGCAAUGUGUUACUGGUUUGUUUUAUACUUUCAGUUAAUUCCCUUAAGGGAAAUCUUAAAUGUCAUAUAGAAAAGAAAUAUAUAUCCACAGGACUGGACUUCAAAUCUAUGACCUCUGUCCUGCAAAUUUAUAUAACAAUUCCUACAGUGAGACAGCUUCUUACUGUGAUGGGGGAGGGGCAGCAGGUGUGAUUGGCCUUGUGUGUGUGUGUGUAUAUAUAUAGUCAAUAAUUCAGCCUAGAGUAAUUAUGAACAACUGGGUCAAAGGGUUCUUACACAAUCAAUUGCAUUUCCAAAAUAAAAUAUCCAUAUCACAGUGUUCAAUAUCGUAA